UGCAUUGGACUGAAACAAAACUUGAGUGAAGAAAUGGUCAUAGAUAAAUAAAUUAUGAAGGGAAGAAAAUAACACACAAGAUGGAAGCAUAUGAGACCUUCCCUUUUAUACUUUAGCUACAAGAAAUGAUCGGGACUUUGAAUAUCUUUAGCUUCUCCAAAUGAAGAAAACACCACCCCCAAAUUUGCAUCAAUCUAGCCAAAGAAAGCACAAUGCUAAUCUCCAGCUCCAGCAUCUUGGUAGCCAAAGACAACACAAUCCUAAGACUAAUUCAGCUCUGAAAUCUUUCAAGCAUGCUGUCAAGAAAUGUGCAGCUGCUUUUUCAUUGAUUCUCUCUGGCAAAAGAAAAACAGCCUCAAAUGUUGUUGCAAGUGUUAAUAGUAAGAAUACAUCCAAAGUCAGAGGGGUGGUAUCAUCUUCAACUGAUUUAUCAUCUGAGAGUAACACCAAGAAUUCAUCAAAAUGGAAGUUUUCUUAUUCCUAUGCAUCAUCUAGUACUGCAAGUGGACAACUUGGAAUUGGGAGCUUCUCCUUUGAGGAAAUUUACAAGUCAACUGCAAAAUUCUCUCAAGAUAAUCAAAUUGGAGAAGGUGGCUUUGGAACAGUCUAUAAGGGAAAGCUUAAUGAUGGAUCUCUUGUCGCCGUGAAGCGUGCCAAAAAGGAAGUAAUACACAAUCACUUACAUGAGUUCAAGAAUGAGAUAUACACCUUAUCACAGAUUGAGCACAGGAAUCUUGUAAGGCUAUAUGGAUAUUUGGAGCAUGAAGAUGAGAAGAUUAUUGUCGUUGAAUACGUUGGUAACGGUACACUUCGAGAACAUCUCGAUGGUAUUCGAGGAGAUGGACUAGAAAUUGGUGAGCGUCUAGAUGUAGCAAUUGAUGUGGCUCAUGCAAUAACCUACCUUCAUAUGUACACAAAUAAUCCAAUUAUCCAUAGAGACAUCAAAGCAUCAAACAUCCUAAUCACUGAGAAUCUAAGGGCCAAAGUGGCAGAUUUUGGUUUUGCUAGGUUGUCUGAUGAUCCUACUGCAACCCAUAUUUCAACUCAAGUUAAAGGAACUGCUGGAUAUAUGGAUCCUGAGUACCUUAAAACAUAUCAACUCACUGAAAAGAGUGAUGUUUAUUCCUUUGGUAUACUGCUUGUGGAAAUGAUGACAGGACGACAUCCAAUAGAACCAAAGAGACCCCUUGAUGAGAGAGUGACAAUCAGAUGGGCAAUGAAGAUGUUGAAACGAGGGGAUGCUGUAUUUGCCAUGGACCCAAGACUGAGAAGAAAUCCAGCCUCCAUAAAGGCAGUGAAAAAGGUUCUCAAGCUAGCUCUACUAUGCGUUGCACCUUUGAGACAAUCACGGCCACCUAUGAAGAAUUGUGCAGAGGUUCUUUGGGACAUUCGUAAAAGUUUUAAGGAUGAAUCCAUGUCUGAUCCUCCUUCUCUUCCUUCUCACCAUUCUGCAGAUUUUCCUCAAAGAGAAAAGAAUAAGAAUAUGUUGUUUGGUAUUAAAGAUGAUGACAGCUAUAAAUUUGUCUCAGUACCUAAUCACAUUCAUUCAUAA